AUGGCUCAGAUGACCAGUGGCCUCUAUCCUAUGUUUGGCUUCUUCAUCUGCCUCCUCUUCCUUCCGGCUUCUUGGGAGGCAGGUGCUAACACAUUUCAAGAACUUCAAAAGACUGGCGAACCUUCAAUAUCCGAUCAUUUACUCCCUCUUACUCCAGGUCUUACUCGCAGAGCUCUUUCUGACCACAAAAACUCAGGGCAGCAUCCUCCAGAUCUCCCCAAGUCUACAGCAACCCAGAAGCCCAAAAGACAGUGCAAAACGGUCCGCCUUGUCAAACCAGUGCACAAACCUAUAGACGACGCCAAAGCCGCAGACAACGGAAACACCACUGUCGGUCAUGAACCAUUUCCCGCUUCAGAGAAGGACCUCAGCAGCCAGGGAAAACAUCCGAUGGCCCGGAACGAACGCUCAGCUGAUGACCAUGGAUCCACGAACUCAGAGAAGAUAUCAGAUGGAGGACAUUCGACCUCAGCACCCAUGAGAAGAACAUCCUGUAAGCCUGUAAGGAGGACAUCAGGUACACCAGUGAGUUCCACGGAGACCAGCACCAAAUUAAGGACAACCUCACGGAAGCCCGAAACUUCUUCCCAUGACUCAGAUCUCAUUAGAAAAAGCACUUCUUUGCCAGUGAAGUCCACGGGAGUCUCAAGGACCUCAUACAGGACUCCAAGAUCACCAGGAGCUGAACGCCACACAAUUCCAUUUACCUCAGACAAGUCUGUCCGGUUGACUACAGAACACACCAAAGAGGCCACAUCAGAUAGGGAAAAGCUAUAUCCCCCAUCGGCCACAACAUCCCAGUCAAUGCCCACUAAAUAUGAAAGAGAGACCAGGCCAGCUAGUGAGAGUACUUCAAUAGCCCACGUGCCUCCUGUAGAAAACCAUACCCCAUCAGCUGGUGAAACUACGACACAGGUCUCAGCAAAGUCCACAAAACACACAGAAGAGGCCACCACAUCAACCACCGAGAAAGCCACAACAGCCCCAGAGAAACCCACAGUAUUCCAGAGGAAAACUAUGCUGACCACUCAGACACUAAAAGCCACCGGAACCCCAGAGAAAACAACAGUAAACUUGAACACCACAGGAUUCGUCAAGGCCAUGGAAAACACGUCUACUGCUCCCUCUCCUCACCUCCAUAAAACCGAGACCGCACACCAAGGAAUCACUGGCUCUUUGACAUCCAGAAUGGACCUGAGACCCAUCACUUCAGAAGCUCACCACCUCCAGCAGAACACCCACAGCUUACCUGGAGGCCUCCACUCUGUUCAAGAGAGGGAGGGAAGUAAUUCUUUCCCUGCGUGGGCUAUAGUUGUUGUGAUCCUCAUGGCUGUGAUUAUUCUGCUGAUUUUCCUUGGUCUGAUCUUUUUGGUCUCCUGUGCAUCAAGAGCACGACACCAACUGACGCAGAACUCAGAGGAUGCAGAGCCCGAGGACAAAGGGGGCCGCAAUUCCUACCCAGUCUACCUGAUGGAGCAACAGAAUUUGAAUCUAAACCAGAUCCCUUCCCCACCAUGA